AUGGAUAAGGUUGCUAACAAUCAGGUCAGGAGUCGUCCCUCGAAUUGCAGAAAUAUGGAUUCUCGAGAGAACCCUCGUUUGUCUGUCCGACAGGACUCUGGUUGCAUGAAUACGACGACCGUCUGUAUCCCUCGCUCUCGAGCCGAAGAGAUUCCGACCUCAAGUAGAAUUGUAGACAGAUACCUCGAAGAAAGACCGAUUCAACAUUCCCCGCCGAGGAUUGAGGUGGUAUGUCGAGCAUAUGAAUUCGUAUCACACAAUCGAGUGUGGUCAACGUGGAUAUUGAUUGAAGUAUCGAAGUCUCGAGAGCGUUCCACUCGUGCCUACGAGUUGAAUGGAGGAUAUUUCCUUCAGAAGACUCCGCAUGACCUCGGGAUUCGUAUUCCUUGGAAUAUGACCCCGAUGGAGGAAUGGGCGGCUUACCACGUGGCAAUCUGUGAUUUCCUCGAGGUUAGAUGCCUACGCCCUCGUUACUCUACUUCAAGAUUAUCCUCGUUGAGAUUGAUUCGUGAAAACGACUUGAUCUGCGGAUGCAUACCCUCGAUAUAUUCACAGCCGGACUCGUAUGGUUAUGGAGAUAUCUGUCAUAUCCGUCAAGUCGCUCAAAAAGCGAUGCUGAAGUUUCAUCAUAAGCUACAGUCGAGAUUCCUCGAUUCUAUCUUAUCGCUCAAAUGGAAUCCUUCGUAA